GGAGGAAGGAAAGAUAUAACCCAGAGUCCCAGACGAAAGAGAAACCUGAUAAGAGAAAGAGAGAGAUAAAAGAGAGCUUCUCUGCGGUCUCUUUUCUCUGAAACCGCCAUGAAUGGCGAGGGAGGAGGUGAUGAAGCUGUGAAAAUGGAGGAAGCAAAAGAAUCAUUGGUUUUCAUGUGGGGAUACCUUCCCGGAGUUUCACCACAGCGGUCGCCGUUGAUUUCUCCUGUCCUCGUACGGUUACCUGCUCCAAUCAGUUCUGGAGAUUCAUGGAAGGAUGUUUGUGGCGGUGGGUGUGGAUUCGCUAUGGCGAUUUCUGAAUCAGGAAAGCUCAUCACGUGGGGCUCAGCAGAUGAUUUAGGUCAAAGCUACGUGACUUCGGGGAAGCAUGGGGAAACUCCGGAACCCUUUCCUCUUCCUACUGAAGCUUCAAUAGUCACGGCUGCAGCGGGUUGGGCCCAUUGUGUCUCUGUUACAGACCGAGGAGAAGUCUACACAUGGGGUUGGAAAGAGUGUGUUCCCUCUGGAAAGGUCAUCGGAGAGUCGUCGACAGGGCCCAGCUUAGAGAAGGAUGUACUUGAAAGACAGAAUUCCAUGCUCACUGAACAAGUAAGCCCUAGAUCUCAAGGUCCAAGAUCAGCCACUGGAACUGUAUCUGGUUUUGACAAUAGAGGUAGUGGAGAGGAAAGUACAAAGCGAAGAAGAAUAUCCUCAGCUAAACAAGCAGCUGAAAGCUCAUCAUCAGGUGAUGAAACUCUCUCAGCAUUGCCAUGUCUUGUGGCUUUAAGUCCGGGAGUGAGGGUCACUACUGUUGCAGCGGGUGGACGACAUACAUUAGCAUUGUCAGUUUCAGAUAUAGGGCAAGUGUGGGGUUGGGGCUAUGGAGGUGAAGGGCAGCUAGGUUUGGGUUCUCAGAUCCGUAUGGUGUCCUCUCCUCAUCCUGUACCUUGCAUUGAGUCCUCUGGUUAUGGAAAAGAUAGAUCUUCAACAGCCCCUCGUGGAAUUAUAAAUGCAGAGGGUCAAGUUUACAAAGUUCCAGGAACUUACGUGAAGGGAAUUGCAUGUGGAGGUCGACAUAGUGCUGUAAUUACAGAUGCUGGUGCACUACUGACUUUUGGUUGGGGACUUUAUGGGCAGUGUGGGCGUGGAAGUACAGAUGAUGAGUUGAGUCCAGCCUGUGUGUCAGCUCUCUUGGGUAUCCAGAUACAUGGAGUAGCUGCUGGACUGUGGCAUACAGUUUGCAUUUCUGUUGAAGGAGAUGUGUAUACGUUUGGCGGGAAUCAGUUUGGGCAGUUGGGUACCGGUGCUGAUCAAGCUGAGACUCUUCCAAGACUUUUGGAUGCCCCAAGUUUGGAAAAUAAGCAUGCAAAAAUUGUUUCUUGUGGAGCUCGCCACAGUGCUGUAAUCGCAGAGGAUGGGAAAGUAUUCUGCUGGGGGUGGAACAAGUACGGCCAGCUUGGUUUGGGUGAUGUCAUUGACCGCAAUAUUCCUUGUCAAGUUCCUAUCGAUGGUUGCCUCGUGAAGAAUGUUGCUUGCGGCUGGUGGCAUACAUUAGUCUUCACGGAGUCACCUACAUGAACCAAACUUCU